AUAAAUAAUUGUUGUUACUAUGGUUAAGAAGACUCUUAUUAUGUAUGGACAGUCCAGGAACGAGACCUUCACCUAACCCUCAGAAGGUUGGCUCGUUGUUAACAAGCAAAUGCGAAGGAAAAAGUUUCAAUCUCACAUUUCGAUGUCACUGCUGAAUGUGGUUGCUUGAAAGGAAAAUUUCACAUACGGAAGAGAGAAAGCAGUCUUAGCAAGAACCCUUUUAGGGUUUGAUCAUAAACCCCUAGCCGAGGAGCUUCUUUGGGCAGUUGCUUCAUGACAUGAAAGAGAGGAACUGCUAGUCUUUAAGCUUGAAGGGCCUUGCUCCAAUGAUUUUGACUUCUUACUUCUUCUCACUCAACUUCCUUAGAGAACAGCGAGAACUCGAAACCGAUAACAACCCUAAUGGGUUGGUUCACCCUAGAAAACCAUUUUUCAACAACGAAGUAGCAACUACCUUAAAUCAGCUAUUAAUACGGUUAGCCCCUUCGGGAAGAACCCGGAGAAAAUAGCUAUACAACAAGAGACAUUGCCCAUACAAAGACUUGAGGUGACUAGCCUUAGGGCAAUAAGGAAUGUCGGGAUGCUAAAGAUAUAUUGCCAUGAGACUAGUGCAAAGAAGUAAGAAGAAGUCAAAGUGAAAUCUGUUAAUUAAUUAAAUAUCUGUCUCGCCCUUAGCUUGCAAACAAGUCCUUUAUCAAGCAGGCGUCUAAGAAUAAGAAGUCCCUGCCCUUUCGAUUGUUAUUGGCUUAUUCUCUAGCAUCCGAUUGUGGGCAUCAAUCCCAGCCAUCAACAUUUCAGUCCCUGCUUUGGCUCUUUCUCUAAGACCGUGGUUAAGAAGUUCCGUCGCCUUACUCAGCAUUAGAUGCGGCGUAACGACUCUUUUUGCUUCCUUCUGGAGGCCUUUCUUAGGAGUGAACUUCCUUGUCUUAAAAAGACUCUAUAAGCGUCUCAGUUCUUUGAUCGAGUUUAGGUUUUUAUUCCUCCAACGAAGUCCUUUGCUGGGGGCAGAGUGCGUCCAUUCUUUUUUAGUCGAGUCAGGAGAUCCGCUACUCAGUCGUACAGCUUCCGUCAAAUCGUGAGUUCGCCCUUGAUUCGGACUAGCAAUUAGGAGAUCGUCCUCGGACAAAGAGCUCAAAGCCUUAGAUUUCAUGCCGACUUUGGAUCAAACCGCUUUCUUUGGCAGAGCACUAAAAUCAGUAGAGACACAGGGAAUAUGGCAGCUAAAAAGAUCUCUUUUUGUGUGAAACAUACUUGUCUGAUCCAUUUGAGGAAGACUUAUCUUCUUCCGCUGUGAACAAAUCCCCGGCAUCAUGAUCCGCUGCUCAGAUGCAUCUAUAAUAACGAACAGCGCUUCCGCAAGCCAUUGGGGGAAAUUCCAGAACUUCCAUUUUCUUUCUUCUACACUAGGAACAUAGUCGCGGUUGUCGCUUCGCUUCCUUUGCCACCGGCCAUCGAGAUCAAAUCAGAGCUCAACCCUAGAUUGCGCGAGAUCUUUAAACGAGGAAAUUCAAUGAUAGAGCAAGCGCGAGCCAAAGAGAAAAAGAGCUCUUCCAAAUCGAAUAAAGAAGGGGUCAGCUGAGCUCUAACUGGUUAAACCCGCUUUGGUGGCCCGCCCCAAGUCUUGCCCAUAGCUGACUUCUUUGCUAGAUGAUAUCGAAUAGUACGACUAGAGUUCAAUCCCUCAGAAAGUCAUAGUACGACUACAGGGAAAGAGAUCUGAAAGUAGCCUUUUACCCCGUUAUUCGAUGGUGAAUGCAGCCUAGCUCUCCCCGUUCAAUAGGCUAAGCCUAUCCCUUUGCCGUAAAGCUAAGACAGAACUCAGCUAGGACCGAAGAGAGGAUUGCCAACCGGAUGAAAACCGAAGAGAGCAUUGCCAGUUUCAUUCCAGUCUUUUCUCAAUUGAGAAGUCAACCAACAGGUCAAUCCUUCCCUUAUAUCAUAUCCAUUUUACACAGUCUUUGUUUAAAUAGUGUAAAUAGUGCGAGACUUUCAACUAAUGAAAUCUAAACCAGCUAGUUCAGUCAGAUACCGGCUAAGCAACCUCUAAAGCAGCUAUCGGAGCAGUAGCAGCUUGAAAUUCGCAUACCAAAGACGAUGGAAUUCCCCACUUUCUAAUGCAAUACGGCAAAGCUUAGGGAGUCAGCUAGUCCAACAUCAGUCAUUCUAAUGGAAUAUCUGGAAUAUCGAACUAGGAAUUGAAAGACUUUCUUUCUUUAUAUACGAGUCAAUUACAUACCGGAAAUAUCGAGCAGUAAAUGCUAUACCGGAAAUGCGAUAUCUAAAGUCAAUCUCAGUGAAUUCCGUACCAAGCAGUCCAACCAAAACCUAACAGUAUAUCAGAUCUAUCCUAUAAAGGUAGUCCAACACAAGUAAUCGAUACUACGCCUUCGACCUUUGAGAAGUUACUUUGUGAAAUAGGAUUGAUCCCUUGUACAAUUUCUUCAUUUUAGAUAGCUAGAGCUAAGCCUGUCCUAAGAAUGAGUCGGGUAGGACCUUUCAG